AUGGCGGCAGCGCAGACGGUCGCGAAGGGGAGCGUGGUGUCGCCGUGCGGCAAUCGAGCGGCGUCGGGCCUCCUUGGCAGGCGGAGGGGUGCCGUGGCAGCGCGGAUGGCGCCGUCGGCGGUGCGGAUCGGGGGCUCCUGGAGGAAGACCGCGUUUCCUGGCGGGAGGGUAGCCUUAGGGACGAGGAGAUCCAGGCCCUCGUCCCGGAGUCUAUUCGCGUCGCCGGCGCAGAUGAACAUGAACCUUGCGAUUGGGAAAUCCAUGAGGUGGUGGGAGAAGGGGUUGCAGCCCAACAUGCGUGAGAUCGAGUCCGCCCAAGACCUUGUCGAUUCCUUGACCAACGCCGGCGACAAGCUCGUCAUCGUCGACUUUUUCUCCCCUGGCUGCGGCGGCUGCCGUGCUCUUCACCCGAAGAUUUGUCAAUUUGCGGAGCAGAACCCAGAUGUGCUGUUCUUGCAAGUGAACUACGAGGAGCACAAGUCUAUGUGCUACAGCCUUCAUGUCCAUGUCCUACCCUUCUUCAGAUUCUACAGGGGAGCACAGGGACGACUCUGCAGCUUCAGUUGUACAAACGCAACAAUUAAGAAGUUCAAGGAUGCACUUGCGAAGCACAAGCCAGAUAGAUCUAACCUUGGUCCAACCAGGGGGCUAGAGGAAUCGGAGUUAUUAGCCUUGGCCGCAAACAAGGACCUGCAGUUCACCUACACCAAGGAGCCAGAACUGAUUCCCAGGGGAGAUGCUCCUGGGGAGGUCAUUGCUCCCGAGCCUGCAAAGCUUCCUGCGGCCACAAAGCCUUUGGUCAGGCUGGGGUCCGAGGAGAGGUCCUUGGUCUCUUCAGGAAGAUGA